CAUCCAUCCAUCCAUCCGUCCAUCAACUAUGGCUAUUCUCCGACUCCCAUUUUUCCUUCUCUUCCUCGCGGCCGUAACCUCCGCCACCACCACCUCCGACUUCAUCACCUCUUCUUGCACCACCACCACCUACCCUCCUUUAUGUGUUCAGUCUCUUUCUCCUUACGCCAAAACCAUCAAACACAACCCAACCCAAUUGGCUCGAGCCGCCUUAAUCGUAAGCCUGAACCGAUCUGAGUUGGCCCAAGCUUACCUCCAGAAACUGACCAGAUCCAAUGGACUGAACCCACGUCAGCAAUCGGCGGUGGGAGACUGCUUGGAGGAAGUGAGCGACAGUUUGGAUCGGGUAAGAAAUUCGAUCAAGGAACUCAAGAACGUGGAUCGGGUCAAAGGUAAAGGUACUCAUGAGGAGUACGUGAUGCACAUGAGCAAUGUUCAGACAUGGGUCAGCUCCGCUUUGACCGAUGAGAACACUUGUAUGGAUGGGUUUUCGGAUCAAGAUAUGGAGGGUCGGAUCCGGAGCUCGAUUCGGACACAUAUCACUUAUGUUGCACGUGUUACGAGUAAUGCUCUUGCAUUGAUAAACCAUAUUGCUGAAAAGCACAGUUGAUGAAGUACGACCCAAUACAUUAAUGUUUAGGUUAUUACGAGUUCAAGUUUUUUUUUCUCUCUCUUUCCUUUUUAUUUGUUAAUUUAUUCGGGUCGUGUUUGGUUAUGGAGUUUUCAAGUUUUUACGUUAAUAUAUGUUGUAAUUAUAUUAGUGACU